AUGGGAGGGGAUUUCGAUGAACUUGAUUUGUCAAAUGAAGAUGGAGAGAUAUGGGUUGGGAAAAAGUUCAGGAACAAGGAACACUUUAAAAUCACGUUGGCCAUCAAUGCGCUGAAGAAUGUAGUGACGUUCGAAUUCAAAAAGCAUGCGAAGAAGUACACAGUCACCGAAUGUCCAUCAAAGAUAUGUGAUUGGAGGGUGUUGGGGUGUCAAGUUGGCGAGUCUGCGUUGUAUGAGGUGAGGAAGGCGUGCUUGAAGCAUACAUGCCACCCGGAUACAAGAAAGAAAUUUUCUAAGCAUGCUACUUCUAAAGUCAUGGCGGCUCUGCUGAAGUCUAAGUAUGAGAAUGCAAUAGUUGGUCCACGUGCGAGUGAGCUACCUGCGAUUGUUCUCUCCGAAUAUAAUAUUACAGCCUCGUACUGGAAAUGCUGGAAAGCUAAGGAGCUGGCUAUAUACUCUGCUCACGGAACAGAGGAGAGUUCUUUCAAAUUAUUACCGAUUUACCUCCAUGUGCUCAAGUAUUGUAACCCCGGCACCAUAACGCAUUUGUCUACCGAGAGAGAUGAAAAAGAUGGAAAAUGUAUUACCAGGUUUAAGUCCGUAUUUAUGGCAUUGGCUGCGUGUAUAUCUGGAUGGAAACAUUUGAAACAAGUAGUUGUUGUUGAUGGGACUCACCUGACUGGUAAGUAUAAGGGUUGUCUAUUAACGGCCAGUGGACAAGAUUCUAAUUACCAGGUUUUUUCAAUAGUGUUCGCCGUUGUCGAUGCAGAGUCUGACCAGACAUGGAGGUGGUUCUUUGAGAAGUUGGUAGACAUUAUUCCAGAUUCCUCUGAUCUUACUAUUAUCUCGGAUAGGCACGGUGGAAUUGCCAAAGCUAAACAGAAAUGGUAUCCACAGUCACACCACGGUGCAUGUCUUGUCCAUAUCCAGAAAAAUGUUCACGGUAAAUACAAAGGUUCCGGUCAGAAAGGGUUGGUCGGAAAGGCUGGAGAAGCGUUCACAGUUUCUAAUUUCAAGAAACUAUACGCAAGGCUGAAGGAUGUUGAUUAUCGUUGUUGGGAGUACAUGGAAAAAAUCCCUCUUGCGCUGUGGACUAGAUCACACUUUUCUGGCCAGAGGUAUAAUAUGACCUCCAGUAACAUUGCAGAGUCUCUGAACAAUGCACUAUUCGCUGCAAGAGACAGUCCAAUCGUUGCAAUGCUAGAAUUUAUCAGGCGAAUGUUAAGUAGGUGGCUUGAAUGCAGAAGAGAGAAAAUUCAAAAGAUGGAUGGUAACAUUCCAGAAGAAGUUGACAAGUUAAUGAACCUUCAGCAGCAAAAAUCUGCUGCACUAUCGAUUCAAGGCAUUUCUUUGUGGGAGGUUGAAGUGAGUUCUGAGUUCGGUGUACGGCGGCUUGUUGAUCUCCUAAACAAAACAUGCUCAUGUCUAGAGUUUCAGACAUUGAAAUACCCUUGCUGA